CACAGACAGCACCGGGCAGAGCAGCGCGAGCAGCAGUCACAUAGCAGAAUAACGGAGAAUAAAGCGCGGGGAGAUCCUGCAGAUGUGCAGCCGGUUAACGAGCAGCUGGACGCCGCUGUGACCGACAGAAAUGGGACGGAGGUUUUCUUCCUGAUAGGAGCUUCAGCAGCAGCGGUGGAACCAGGCUGGCCUGCGGACGCGAGGGGGGACAUCCCAGGCUCAGACAUGGCCCACGUAGGCAACGGAGCCGCGGCCGAGGAGGAGGAUUGCUUUGAAGAUGCUUUUGACAGGAUACCUGCGGCUUGUAAGAUGGACCUGCAAACAGCCAUCCAGGAGACUCAGUGUGCUCUCAAUCUGGUCCUCAACAACAAGUUCUCCGAAGCCUUGGACCUGCUUAAACCAUGGUGGAAGGACAGUAUGUACCAUGCGUUGGGCUACAGCAGCAUCUUGGUGAUGCAGGCGACCAUGACCUUCGAGCACAGAGAUAUUCAGGCUGCCAUGGCAACCAUCAAGGAGGCGUUGAACACCUGUCAGAGGUUCAGGAAGAAGAACUCGGUUGUCGGAUCUCUGUCGAGUCUGAUCAGCAAACAGUCCAAUCUACAAGAAGAAGAGAUGCAUGCAGAGAUCUGCUACGCCGAGUGUCUGCUGCAGAAAGCCACACUGACAUUUGUGCAGGAUGAAAACAUGAUCAGUUUUAUCAAAGGAGGCAUCAAGAUUCGAACCAGCUACCAAAUCUACAAGGAUUGUCAGAAUGUGCUGAAUGCUGCUCAGGACUCAUCCAGCCAGUCUGAUUCGUUCAGACAGUUUGAAGGCGGAGUCAAACUGGGCAUCGGAUCCUUCAACCUGAUGUUGUCUCUCCUUCCUCAGAGGAUUUUGAGGUUGUUGGAGUUCAUCGGAUUCUCAGGAAACAGGGGCUUCGGCUUGUCUCAGCUGAGAGAAGGAGCAUCUAGCAACAGUUUGCGGGCGAUACUCAGCGCUCUAACUCUGCUCUUCUACCACACAUACGUUUCACUGAUACUUGGAACUGGAGAGGGGAACCUGGUAGAGGCUGAAGCUCUGCUGGAGCCAUACCAACAGAAAUACCCAAAAGGCUCCAUCAUUCUCUUCUACUCCGCUCGCAUCGCCACGCUGCGCGGGAACUUCGAGAAGGCGCUGUCCAGGUACGAGGAAUGUAUCAGCAGCCAGCAGGAGUGGAAGCAGAUCCACCACCUGUGUUACUGGGAGCUGAUGUGGACAAACUCCUACCAGCAGCAGUGGCAGCAGGCGUACCGCUACGCAGACCUGCUGUGCAAAGAGAGCCGCUGGUCAAAGGCUAUCUAUGUUUACCAGAAGGCAGCCAUCCUCAGUAUGAUGUCAGAGGAGGAGGUGAAGAACACCGGGGAGGACAUCACUGAGCUCUUCAGGCAGGUGGAGGGGCUGAAACAACGGCUGGCAGGGAAGUCGAUCCCAACGGAGAAAUUUGCAGUGAGGAAGUCGAGACGCUACAAAGCUGCUAACCCAAUCCCCCUGAUCAUCCCUGCACUGGAGAUGAUGUACGUUUGGAACGGUUUCACCAUCGUCGGGAAGAGAGCCGACUUUACCGAGUCCCUGCUGGUUACCGUAGAGGCGGCUGAGGAGCAGCUCCGUAACGACCCAAACCCGUCUGAGUUUCAUCCCGAUGACAGCUGUCUGGUCCAGAUGUUGAAGGGACUCUGUCUGAAACACCUGGGCCGGUUACUGCAGGCCGAGCUGUGCUUCACUCAGGUCCUGUCCAGUGAAAGUCGGAUCAGAUACGAUCACUACUUGAUUCCCUUCACCACGUAUGAGUUGGGUCUGCUGUAUAAACUACAGGGAGACUUCACCAAGGCCACCACAUACAUCGAAAAUGCCAAGACAAACUACAAGGAUUACUCCAUGGAGUCCAGACUGCACUUCAGGAUCCACGCGGCCCUCAACAGCCUCAAAGGAUCGCCUGUUGGCACCCCAUAAUACUCCAAACAACUCAGAGCUGCUGCUGGAAACAACGGUGCAUAAUCCAAAUCCAGGGACGAUUGAAGAGGCUUCGAUGUGUUUGGGUUGGGAGAUCGUACUUUUGUCAGUUAAGCCUCGCAACCUUCUUAUUUUAUUUCCUUUGUUUCCUUAUUUAUUUUUGCAAUAGUGUUGACAGAUGAGAUUAUUUAAACUUGUACCUCUUUAAUCAAACGAGCACGAGCUUCCCUUUAGCAUGCGGAUGUCACGAUACAAUCAAUCAAUAGUCGAUUCAAUCACCGAACCCAAUAGAUCACAAUGGAAGACAGUUUCAGUCUCAGGGCUCGUUGACUCUGAGAUGUUUCAUAGCAGAAGUCAUUUUGGCAACUUCUUGCAUUCAGGUAGAGCAGGAAAGAACUGGGAAGCAGCUCAAAUCUUCUAAGAUGAAGUAUUAAGUUAAAGAAGGUUUCAUUUUUUUAAGAAACCAAGAAAACAACACUCCAAACUUUGUUUUUAUUGCCUCUUUUCUCGCAGUGUAAUUCUCUUUCUGAACUGGCCAAAAAAAUAUGGAUCACGUCUAAUGAUUAAAACUCCAAAUAACAAAUUACCACAACAAAUAAUGAAUGUGUACAUCAGUAUUCAUAGCAAGAUAAUUUAAAAUUCAACACUGAACAAUAAAUAUCCAGUUUGUAAUAAAUAACGAAGGCCUGGCAUCAAAUAAUGAAAUUGCAAAAUAAUCCUUAAGAUAAUAAAAGGAUGCAGUUGUAUUUAGUAUAUUAGUGGAUGGGGGUUUUUUUUGGACUUUGUCUUAUUGUUUAACGACUGAAUUUUUAUUAUUCUACCUCUAUAUUCAUUAUUUGAUGGGCGGCCAUUCGUUGUUUUAAUCUUUCUAUUUUGUAGUGAUCAUUUGUUAAUUGAAGUUUCAGCUUUUCGUUAUUAGAUAUGGAUAUUUAUUAUUUGCUGGUUGGAUUUGACCCUUUUCUGCUGUGUAUAUUCAGUAUUUGUUGUGGUGAUUCGUUAUUUGAAUAGUUUGAGUUUUAAUAAUUAGAUUGUGACGAUUCAUCGGACAUUAAAAGCUUCCAUGCUGACUCCAACCAAACCAAUCCUGGUCCUAAACUAACAACUCAUAGUCAAACAUUUGCUUUUAAAUAAAUAAAUAAAAUAUAUAUAUAUAUAUAAAUGUAUAUUUAUAGGAUUGAAUCAUGAGACGUGUACUGAUGAAACUGUUGAGUAUAUUAGUGUGAUGAGCAGAGAGACCAGUGUGUUCAAUCACACAGUUUAUAUAUAUAUACGCUUUAUAUUUUCUUUACUUUGCCUUUUUUUCAUUUCUCAAUAAAUGCGUUGGGCCACACGUGCACGUUAGUACACAAACGUGUCUGUGCACGGGGCAAACAGCCUUGUCACCGACUGUGGCCUAAACACACACACACACACACACACACACACACACAGCGUAAUACACUCAUUCCAAGCUUGCACACACUGGGCAAUAUGCACAUUAAAAAGAGAAACACACACACACACACACACAGCUGUAAACGCACACAUUUAGCAGCAAUAUAAAAGAGUUGUGCUGUUAUUAAGUCUUUAACUUCUCGGUCAUUUUGUCUCUGUUUGCGUCCAUGUUUGUAGUUUUAUCUGUAGUUCUCUCUCAGAGGCAGAGCUGCGUGUAAGUUGAUAUAUUGAACUUAUUUCCACAUCCAGCAGUUACUGAUCAACAUUAUCAUUCAUUAGGAGUCGUGUUUCACUCUCUUUUAAGUCUGUUUUUACUCUCUACCAACUCCUGAGGGAAAUAUCUGUCUCUGCUUAAUGCUGCUAAAGGCUCCGCUAUGUUCAGCAGCUCGUCUACAGCUGACUGUGUCUGUUAGCAGGUUGUGUUUAGUGGCUUUUUACAGCUUAUAUCUGUAAAAGCUGCUGCCUGAUGCGGAAGUAAAGCUAAACAAUGAGCUGAAACUCAAUAUAAAGGUCCAUACAGGCGAGAGGAGCUGCAGAGUCACUGUAGGUUCAAACACAUUACACACUGACCGAUCAUUAUUAUUAUGUAAAAUAUACAUUAUAGCUGCUUUAAAAGCUGCAGAAAUCAAUAUUUUUAUGGUGGCGGGUCAUGUAGAAUAUGAAAUGGGUCAUUUACUAUUGACAAGCCUACAGAGAAUGAUGAUGUCCUGCUCUUUGCUGUCACUCUUCUUUUAUCAGUGUUUUUGGUUUUGUGGCGACUAGCUGGUGAAUAUAUUUGAAUAUUUAACAGCUAAUGAGCCAGAUCUCAGGAGUUGGGGAGACCAAACCAGAGCUGAAAGGAGAGUGAACAUUGGACAAACACCAUGAUCACUCUGCUUUGUUUCUGCUUGAUAUGCAAAUUGAUCGAUUUAAUAUGCUAACAAGGUGAUAAUAUGUCAGUAUGUUGUAUUUUCAGCCUACUCUGCUGCCCCCAAGUGACCAAAAUAAACCAACAAAUGCAGGUUUAGAUUAAAUAAGAUUGAAGAGAAAGUGUUGGCAUCAACUUUCUUAUCUGCGUCCAACUUAUUUGAACAAAACGCUUCAGUGAGACAUAACGUUGCCUAAAGUAUGCGGUUCCUUAUUGACUAAAAUCAGAUUAUCUUCACACAGAGCAGUUCUGCCUCUGAGUAAAGAAAACUGCCUUUGUCCACAUUCACUCGACCCUCUGUUGAUAAAAUACAUAAAAGACUGAAGGCUUUAGAUUCCUCCUGUUUUCAGCUGCUAGCUUACUGCUAACUCACUGCUAGCUUACUGCUAGCUUACUGCUGUAGAGGCAAGCCAGUGAAGAUGGCCUAUUUAAGGUUUGUUAUAUUAAGCAGUGUUCUGUUAUAUUAAUUAUGACGUAGUUCAACAACAUACAUGAAGAGCAGUUUUAGUAUCUAUUGAUGUACUGAUAAAUAUAUAAAUAAAGAAGAAGCACAAUCUGUCUUCUGAUGAAUCCGAAGACUCAUUCAGCUUCAUGUAGUUUGAUACUAUUUACUAUAAUGUUUAUGAUAUAUUAACACAAUGAAGACUUGCUGUGUGUCAAACUAACAGGCUUUUUGGUGGGUUAGGGCCCAAAGUCUCAAAUUUGCUCAAAUGAGGCAGAACAUAUAAAGCUAGCGUACCUUUUAUUGAGGCCGAUCCUUCAGUCCUUUGUCGUCUUGAACAGCGAAAAGCAGCUUAUUUACAUCUUUGCUUCCAUUGUAAACAUUCAUGUAGGAGGUACUUUUCCUGUAAAUGGAGCAAAUGUAGUGGUGCAAACAGUUAGCCUUCCCAUAAUGAAUGUAUCAACAAAAAGACCAAAUUAUAUAUAUAUGUGUGUGUGUUUUGCUGUAUGUGUCUUUUCUUCUUAUGUGGAUUUUUAUUAGUGCCUAUAAAGCGUUAGGGUGUAUAUUUUUUUUCUUCUUCAUGUCUUUGUGUGAUCUGAAGGAACGAACUUUAUUAGCCAAGUAUGAUAAAUAUUCAGGUUUUGUCUCGUAACAAUCAGUAAAUAAUAGUUUCACGAUAGACCAGAGCGUGCUAACGUAAAGUCAAGUUUUCGGCUAAUGUCGCUAGUUAUAAACAAGGUUUCAGUAAGAACAAAAGUUGACCAAGUAAGUUUAAAAAGCUAAAGUUAGACGAUCAGUUAGCUCUUAUGAUGAGAACCAACACUAAAAUCCUCCAUGUAUGUUCAAGUGCAAUAAAAUAUUAACCAUACGUUGCAACACUACACUGUUAGCAUGUUACGUGUUAUGCUAAAAUAUUCUUCUUGCUAUCAUCCAUUGCACUUGUGUCACAGAGCUAAUGUUACGACCAUAAACCAUAAACAUUAGCAACUCUUAGCUGCUGUUUUGAAGAUAUUUCCAGAAUCCUUAAAGACUCAUCUGUCCGUAUUAAAUUAGAAAUAAAACAAAAUAUCCAGGUUACUUCUCUACUUUAUCUCCUAAUCUAAA